AUUACUAACUACACAGACUGGGAAAGCACUUAUUGGUAUUCCAAGCAUCCCGGCUUUGUUCCAUCGUCAUGUUGCGAUGUGAAAUUCGGCAAUAAGUGUACUGGAAAACUGAGUGAACCAAAUCUGUUGCAUCAGAAAGGCUGCUUGGUUAAAAUUUCAAACCUCAUUGAGAUUUUAGCCUUUACCUACGUUAUUCGCCUGCGUCACUGCUUGUUCAGCAUAAUUUUUACAACUGUCAACUGCAAUUCCAAUAAAUGCGGUUAUUACGCUGAUUCUCGUACCGAACAUAGGAAUUUGAUGCUGUACACUGCUAACGAUAGAAGAAAUGAGUGCAUAGGGUUCACGUUUCGCAGCCAUACGUUAACAAUGGUAGAAGGCAUCCAUCAAAAACCUUCCCCUUCAAGCUCAGUAGCAAGUUAUUGA